AUGGUUCCCCUCUUGAAUCCACCUCAGUCUAGAUUGUUUGCCGAUCGCACACACGACUGGAUUUUGUACCCAAUUGAGAAAAGGGUUCUGGGGGAAGAACGAACGCCUUCCAGACCCUUGGAUGCCAUGGUUCAAGCAGUGUCAACCACCGGAACUCAACGGAGCAAACCUUGUUCUAUCAUUUUUGUCAUUUCUGUCAUUCCUCUCAUCUCUUCCCCAUUUUCUUUCUAUCACCUUCAUCUACUCUCUCUCUCAUCUAUCAAAACGGCCAGGGUAGAGAAUCUGUACGACCCAGGAUCUCCCUGUUCGUUCAGCCCGUUUGCCGAUUUUCCCGCGUUUCCCGGACUAUCACUCUUCUCUCAUCACACCGCCACGUCUUUUCCCGCCCAAAGGCCAUUAGGGAAUGACUUGAAAGCGUUGUCUCUCUUUAUCUUGUGGUCAUCCCUCACAUCCAAUGCUGAACUGCAACCAUCCCCUAUAUACCAGCCACCCCGUCCACCAGCGGCGCUCACUUUGUGA